ACUGUGGACAACAAAUGAAGUCCUGUUUUUAAAUUACAAUUUUGGAAUAUAGAAUGAAAAGUUUUAAAUACAUGUAGCCGGGUAUUUCUUUAGAGUAGAUUAUGUGCUGAUUGAAUAUUCAAAAAGGACGGGAUGAAACAGGCUUUCCCAAAGUUUAUUUUUUUUGCCCUAGCGCUACACAGCUGAUUCAAAUAAUCAACUAAUCAUCAAGCUUUGAUAAUUUGAAGCAUCUGUGUAGUGUAAGGGCAAAAACCCAAACCCCUUGGGGUCCCGGGGAUCGAGUUUGGGAAACGCUGCGAAAAAGGAAAGAAACUGUAAAAGCAAAACUAUUGAAAUGUAGUAAAUAAUUGAUUAGAUAAAGUGGCCUGUACUCUGCUCUCUUAUCCUUCACCUGGUCGAUAUCUAGCUAAAUAAAUAUUGACUGAUCGAUAUCUAGUUAAAUACAUGGUGAAAGAAUAUUUAAGAAUAACUCAUAACUAACGAAACAAGGAAAGGAUUCCUCUUUACUUCAUAACGAAAUAGCAAGGGAAUUGUUGUGGUUUCUAUCCACCGGCCUGCAACUAGGGUUGUGAGGCUAUUAGAUAUUUAAAUGUGUAAUUCGCACUCCGACCUGAGAAGGGCAGCGAUGCGUAAUACUGCAUCUAGUCUGCCGGAAACGGACAAGAACAAUACGAAGUAGGCGGGGUUUAUGAACUUGGAGGGAACUUCAACACAGGAAACCAAGAAAGGAAAUCGAAGAUGAAUGUGUAUUUGUGUUUAUCAAAAUUGCAAAACAUAAAUAAAUAUACGAAGCCGAUCAAUCUCAAUUAUAUUGAAUCCGACGUGCACGAGAUCUUCGAUUGCAUGCUUUUAGUUCGGUAGCUAACGUAAUAGCUUUGAUGACCAGACGAAAUAUUGCAAAAGUACGCUAGUCAUGCAGCAUCGAAGCAAGACCAGUCUGGUAACACAGCUGUGCAAAGCUGUGAAUGAUGGAGAACCAAGAUCCGUGCAGAUUCUUCUCGCACAAGGAGCAAAUCCCAAUCUUGUCGGAAGCAAAGGUGUUGCUGCUGUGCAUUUGGCAGUUGGCAAAGAGACUGAGAAAAGUAUACGCUGCCUGAAGUUAAUUCUACAACAUGGGGCAGACCCCAACAUCAGGUCUUCGGAUGGCUUGACACCCCUGCACGUAGCAGCAGUAUGGGGUUGCUGUCAGAAUCUCAAACUGCUGUUAAAGAAUGGAGGGAACGCAAACUUAAAGGAUCAGGAAGGGAACAAACCAGGUGAUCUGGCACAACAACAGGAGAACCACAAAUGUGCCCACCUCCUUCAGGAGCACCAGUCUCAGUCCUCGGACACAGAGGAAGAUCUGCCUCAAUUCCAAUACUCUGUUUACAAUGGCCAAGGUGACGACGCGUCAAGCUACACUGACUCCGAAGACUGCAGUGUUAUCUUUCACAGCAUGUCCUUGCUGAGUGACUUUGGGGAGGGCCCACUGAGUAGCACGCGUCAGACCUCAUUCUUUGAAUUGUCUGCUAUUAGCAACAGGCACAGUUGGAGAGGAGGAUCCCAUUCAGGGGCGUCUGAUUAUAAAUCUAACCCUCAGGUGCGCCACACCAAUGAGUGGGACAUGGACUCUGACUGGGAGCCUCCAUCAAUGUUAUCCAGCACUCGUAUGUCCGUCGCAGGUCCUAGAGCCGCACUUCCUGUACUUCAGGAGGACGUACCACUCACUGACUGCAGUGCGCUGCAUCUGCCUGUAAAUGGGAACAGACUCUCUCCUCAGUUGGACCACCUCCCGCCUUGCUUUUCACGACGCACGAGCCGCAAGAGUGUGAGCUUCAGAGAGGAAGUGGACGAAUACUUCCCUGUUUUUAGUUCAGAAUCUCUGAGGCAGGAGCCAGCGGGUGUUGCCUACUCUAAAGACUAUACUCUCGACUUCUCUGAAUACUCUGAGUUCCUGGAUCCAGAGCGCAUGGCCACCGUCCUACAUCACCAGGGGAUCGACGUCACGUCCCCUGAACAUGUGUUUGUAUUCUCCAAGGAUAAUAAUGAGUGCACUGAGAUUGACAUGGAAAAAACAGUUGUUGGACACUUCCCAUUUGAGGAAGAGAACGGAGAAGUCGUUGAGAACCAGGUAGAAGAAGUGAAGGUCCCUGAACGAGCGUUAUGUGUCUCUGCUAGCAGCAGCAGUAGCAGCGGAGCUAGUAGGUACAGCAGCUGUGAUAGUGACCAUUACCUUACGACCCUGGAGGCGUCCCCCAGGCGGGUCUCACCCUCUGACGAGGAGCGUAAAGUGAGAAGCAGAGGUGUGGAAGACGACAAACACACACAAAAUCCAAUGAACACUAACCAUAUAGAUACUGAUGAAACUCCCAACAGCUCAAAGAGGUCAAAACCAGCCAUGGAAGAACUACCAGGCAUGGUAGAUAACCUUACAUUGACUGACAAAAUAUCUCCAACCAAAGGUCCAGGUUGUGAAGAGAUAUUUCCAGAUGCUGUCUUAGCGGGUAAUGGUGAAGAGUUGUCAACAAGGCCGACUGAAUGCACUCCCAGACCGACUGAAUGCACUCCCAGGCCGACUGAAUGCACUCCCAGGCCGACUGAAUGCACUCCCAGACCUGGUUCUACUCAAGCAUUGGAGGAGGACCUGCCUCUGACCCCAAGUCCCUUUGUCACUGGUAGGACGCACUCGCGGCUGAGUCGUUGCUCGGUAAUUAGCAGCAAGACCCCCGAGAGCCUCCUCUCUACCUCCUCGCUGUUUGAGCAGACCUUGCCUACGCCGACACGCACACGCCGCCAAAACAUCAAGUCGCAAGGCAGCGACAACGUCUUUUACGACACGCCAUGCGGUCGUAGUCGCACCCCAGUCUAUUCUGGAAACAGGACAGGUAGUACUUCCGGGGACUCAUUUGUCAUCUAUGAGAGCCAAGAGCCUCAAUCUAGCACUCUCAGAGCUGACAGAGGUCAAGGGUCAUAUGUCAGUGCCAGCCAAGCUGACACCCUCAUCAUCGCUAAGGACGACAGAGGUCAAGGGUCAUAUGUCAGUGCCAGCCAAGCGGACACCCUCAUCAUCGCUAAGGACGACAGAGGUCAGGGUUCUGGUGUUAGUGCCAGCCAAGCGGACACCCUCAUCAUCGCUAAGGACGACAGAGGUCAGGGUUCUUGUGUUAGUGCCAGCCAAGCGGACACCCUCAUCAUCGCUAAGGACGACAGAGGUCAGGGUUCUGGUGUUAGUGCCAGCCAAGCGGACACCCUCAUCUCUAGAACCAUGGCCGACACAGUCAUCAUAACUCCAAGUUUAGCUGACAAAUUCUCUUUACUGGAUCGUUACUUUUUUAAAAAUCCUCACAAAGAGACUUUACCCACUUACCUGAGAAAAGAUGUUCUUGAAGGUGGUGAAUUUCUAACCGACGAUUUGUCCAGCUCCAGUGAUGCAGUGACCAAGGAUGGGACAGUUGGUAGCUUUGGGCCAAGAGUGGAGGAAUCCUGGACCACAGAGGACUCAAGCUCAUCUUUGUCAAGUUCUCAGACUCCAUCUUCAUCCAGCUCCAGUUACUUCUCUCCAAAAAGAGAUCAGCCCCCCUCGACCCCAGGCACUACCCCACGCUACAGCAUGAGCCGACUCUCCCGCUUCCACAAACCCCAGCGGCUGGCCAGCCUCUCCUACACCCCAGGCGGACGUCCUCUAAUACCAGACCUGGAGGAACCGGUGGAGUACCUCUACACGGACACGGAGCAGGGUCACGAACUGAUUGAGACCCACGUCCCACCUGCGGCCAACACCUCACUCAGCUCCAGCAUGAGCACGUCCAGCAGCGAGGACACAGUGCUGUACGACUGGCGCUCCCUGCAGGGCGGUGGAGGAACGGUGGUCAAAGGGAAGGAGAACCAGGAGCCCGUGGUGGCUCAGGAGUGGUCAGAGACCAAAGGCCUGACGGACAAGGAGCUGAGACGCAGGCUUGUGGAGAUGGGAGAGAGUCCGGGACCCAUAAGUAACCGCACCCGGCCUGUGUACAUGCAGAGGCUAAGGCGGCUGUUGCUGGAGCCGGCCACUCAACAACAACUGUCGGACCAACCCCAAGGUCCUGCGCAGGGACACAGUCCAGAGCUGUGUGUAGCCCUGCGGACGUUGGUGCUGCCCGACUGCCAGGACGACGAGCUGGCGCUGUGCCAGCAGUUUGACCAACCAGACCAGAACAGGAAGUGGCGUGAGGGCGUCAUCAAGUCCAGCUUCAACUACCUGCUGCUGGACCCCAGAGUAACAAAGAACCUACCGUAUCGGAGUCAUUCCAUGAGCCCUAUGGAUUGUUUUCAGACUUUCAUCAGUGCUAUAUUCUACGUGGGCAAGGGCAAGCGCUCCCGACCCUACAGUCAUCUGUACGAGGCUCUAGACUACCACCGAGGAGAUAAGACUUCUAAGAAACUGUGCUCCAAGGUGCAGCACAUCCUCCAGGUCUGGAAGGCCGAGCAGGGGGUGAUCUCUCUGCACUGCUUCCAGAACGUCAUCCCUGUGGAGGCUUACACGCGUGAGGCUGUCAUGGUGGACGCCAUUGGAUUGAAGAUGCUGACCAAUCAGAAGCGAGGGGACUACUACGGGGUGGUGUCCACGUGGCAGUUGAAGAGGAAGAGGGAGCUGGGGGUGCACCUGCUCUACAGGGCCAUGCAGAUCUUCCUGGCUGAGGGCGAGAGGCAGCUCAGACCUCCUGAUAUCAGGGUGGGACAGUAGUGACCCCCAGUGGGUAGAGUUGGGUACUGCACCAACAGAAAAUGAAAGUGUUUAUUGAACAAGGUGUUGACUAUUUUGCUCUAUUCUGACAAAACUUGGGUUUAAAUGUCCAAUGCAGCUGUUUUUUUAUCUCCAUAUCAAAUAAUUUCUGAGUAACAAUUAAGUACCUUAUUGUGAUUUGUUUUCAAUUAAAAUGGUUAAAAAGGAACAAAAAUAGCUUCUUAGACAAAGAGCAAUUUCUCAAGCAAGAAUUUUGAUAGGGCUGUCUAGGAGUGGUCUGAGUGGGGAGAGGAACAUUGAAAAUUGACUAAUUUACAGCCUGUUGAUGUUACCAGGCGGGCCAAAACUCCAUCCCACCAAGACAGGCUGACAUUUCAGGCAGUCGUUUCAGACAGCUCUUACACUAAAAGGGCAUUAUCAUAAUUUUCACAAUAUUAUUUCAGGCUUAUAGUGUGGGAAUUUAAUAAAACACAGGGAAACCACAUUUUUGAGUGUACUGGGCCCAUUUAAAGUGUAAAUGUUUUACUUAUUGAUGUAGAAGAGAUUGGCUUGUUGGAACACGGGACCAAGAUAUAGGUCAUUUUUCUAUACAUUUUUGUGACCAUGUCGUACCAGGGCUCCUCAACCAGAUUCACCUUGGAGCUCUAAUGGUUGUCAUUUCACCUUUGUCAGCUCUCCAAUCUCCUCGCCUCCUUCUCUAAUCCCAUCUCCUCGCCUCCUUCUCUAAUCCCAUCUCCUCGCCUCCUUCUCUAAUCCCAUCUCCUCGCCUCCUUCUCUAAUCCCAUCUCCUCGCCUCCUUCUCAACCGCAUUGGAAGAGAAGUUCCAAGGUCCCUCCUGUCGGACCUUCUUCUCCAAAACGUUUUUAGAAGGAGCCGAAGAGAGCGUUGAUGAAUCGAGGAAAGGAGAAUUGAGAAAGAGAAAGAAUGAGUCACUGGAAGAAAGACUGAUAUGGAAAGCUUGUCCACUUACCUUAGCAUCAGUUAAAUAUGUACGUCCAUUAAAUAUGAUGCAAAUACAUGUAUUUCUUUAGCAGGAAAACCAUUAGGCUUGUAUUGUUAGUAGUAUGAUCAUGUUGUAUGUAUUUGUAGAUAAAGUUUACCACCAGAAUGAAAGCACUAAAGGAAAGAAACCAUUUUUUUUUUAAGAAUCUUGUCACAACCAAUGUAUGUCUCUGGUCAAAACACUGGGUGGAAGGAAAAACACAUUUACACACGUUUUGAGGAUUUUGUUAUUUACCUCGGUCAAAUUAAUUACAGAUAAACUUGAUUUAACUAUUUCCCUUUUAACAAGUGAUAUGAUCAAUGCAUAGUUAAAAUGAAGGUACCAAACAAAUGUCAAUAUCAUUAGCUAUAUGCCUAUGGUGCUAUGUGCUAUGUCAAACUGGCCAAAAGUUUACGUGUUCGAAUCAUCUCAUGCACAGAAUCUUUCAGCUGUCUAUAGACGAUUUCAUCAAUGUAGCAUUCAUUUUCUUUGUAUGUUCUUUUAUAAAAACAAAAAUACCGAAGUAAUUGACUGUUUGUCACCUUUCAUUUCAGUUGACCCUGACAUUUCACUAUAACAGCAUUUGGCAUUGACCUGAACAAUAGGCUGUAAAAGGUGUGCUUGCGUUCCAGCAUAAUUUGAACAAUAGGAUGGCAAUUUCAUUUCCUUGAUUCCUCCCAUCCUCUCUUCAAUUGUAGCUUCCUCCUCAAAACCCAUUGGAUGAGAAGUUAUGAGGGGAGGGACCUCUGACCUCAUCCAAUGGGGUUUGGGAGGCAAGGAAAUGCUAGAGAUUCUCACACAGUCUUGUUAAGUGAUUUAUAUUUUUUUGAGUUAUUGAAAUAAUUUCAAAAUUGUAAAAAAUAUGUAUUUUUUUAUGUUUAUAAUUUUACCUUUUAAAUAAAAGUCAAGUC